AAACCGAGCAAUUCCGGUUUAGUUUCUACAGUUUAUUGAACCGUCUUCUUCAGUCCCUUCAAAGUUUGUGGUUUUGGGAUUUGCAGAACGAAGCAGUCGAAGAAAAAUGUCUGCAACUAGGUCUACAUUUCUAGGCUCCAUCUUCAGAACCGCUAAAGCACGAAUUUUGAUCUCACCCAUCGCUAGACGCUCUCUCCCAAGCCCUAAUUUCACUUCCUCGCGCUUCCACACUUCUUCUUCUCUUCGUCAGUCUCGAAUCGAAGGUUCUAUUCCAAGAAGUUUUCUUCCGAGCAUCCAUGUACGAUUUCAUAGUGUUAGUGCUUCCACUUGGUUCAGUUCUCGACGAACCUCUUCUCAAGGUCGAUUAGCAUCUGUUUCCAUGUAUAUACAAUACUCAACUUCAGUCCCAACACGUUCACUUAGAAGGAGAAUCAGCAAUAGAAAGAAAUCGAGUGCAAAACCAAUCCUUAAUGUUUCAAAGUUUCAUGAAACGAUAUCAAAGCUUCCACCAAGAUUCACCCCUGAAGAACUAGCUGAUGCUAUAACUCUUGAAGAAGACCCGUUUCUGUGUUUCCAUCUCUUUAACUGGGCAUCGCAACAGCCGAGGUUUACGCAUGAGAAUUGCUCUUACCAUAUCGCGAUAAGGAAGCUCGGUGCUGCGAAAAUGUAUCAAGAAAUGGAUGAUAUUGUGAACCAAGUGCUCUCGGUUCGUCAUAUUGGUAACGAGAAUCUUUACAAUUCGAUCAUCUUCUAUUUCACGAAAGCCGGGAAGUUGAUACGCGCUGUGAAUAUAUUUAGACAUAUGGUGACUAGUAAGAACUUGGAAUGUAGACCAACGAUUAGAACGUAUCAUAUUCUUUUCAAAGCCUUGUUGGGUAGAGGUAACAACUCUUACAUAAACCAUGUGUAUAUGGAGACAGUAAGAUCUUUGUUUAGGCAAAUGGUGGAUAGCGGUAUUGAACCAGACGUAUUCGCUUUGAACUGUUUGGUUAAAGGUUACGUGCUCUCGCUUCACGUCAAUGAUGCACUUAGGAUAUUUCAUCAGAUGAGUGUGGUUUACGAUUGUGAACCGAAUUCGUUUACUUAUGAUUAUCUAAUACAUGGAUUAUGUGCUCAAGGUAGGACCAUUAAUGCUAGAGAAUUGCUUAGUGAGAUGAAAGGAAAAGGCUUUGUUCCUAAUGGGAAAUCUUAUAACUCUCUGGUUAAUGCUUUUGCGCUUAGCGGUGAGAUUGACGAUGCAGUGAAAUGUUUGUGGGAGAUGAUUGAGAAUGGUCGUGUGGUUGAUUUUAUUAGCUAUAGAACACUAGUUGAUGAGAGUUGUAGGAAAGGGAAGUAUGAUGAAGCGACGAGAUUGUUGGAGAUGUUGCGAGAGAAACAGCUUGUGGAUAGAGAUUCUUAUGAUAAGCUUGUGAAUGUUCUUCACAAGGAUUUAUAGAAGAUGUACAAAAUGAUGUUUCUUAUUUUCUUGUAUUGUCGAAAUUUAGAUGAAAUCUGUUUAUUGUUUUUGGUUUAUGGUAAUGAAAAAAUAGUGAGUUACUGUAAAUUCAGUUCUUCUAUUCUCCUCAAUGUUGCAAUUG